CGUCUCUGUGUGACAACAAUCAUUAGUCAGCAGUACACACAAAGUUAGUCACGUUUGGUCCUCUUACGCCCAUUUGCAGAGCAACCGGAUGCAGUUGUUUUGAAAUGACCAGCUCGCUGCUUUCUCUCACACACUGACAAACUCACACACUCAGGUCUCGUCUCGCGUCUAGUCGACCCUAUGUCCCUGCUUACAGCAUUUGUUUUGUGAAAAUGGCUGUUAAUAAAACAUAUAUUGGUAUCAGCUAUGCAGCGUUUGGUAUGCUCAUGGGGUUUUCGGCUUUUUUGGUUUGGAACAUCGCGUUCAAACAGCCUUGGACUGCAGCCAUGGGAGGACUGGCAGGUGUGCUGGCACUUUGGACCCUGAUCACUCACGUCAUGUACCUGCAGGACUACUGGAGGACCUGGCUGAAAGGUCUCAAGUUCUUUUUCUUCAUCGGGGUCUUCUUUUCUCUGUUAGCAGUCGUGGCUUUCAUCACUUUCCUGUCAGUUGCCAUCAGCAACAAGGAGUCUCUGACCGACCCUCGAAGUCUCUACCUGUCCUGUGUGUGGAGCUUCAUGAGCCUGAAAUGGUCCUUCCUGCUUGUCUUGGCUGCUCACCGCUACCGCAAAGAGUUUGCUGAUAUCAGCAUCCUCAGUGACUUCUAGGGGCAUUUAAAAACAUCUCGCAGUGACCACACAGACUGAGCCUGAGAGUCCAAAGGGGAUGAAGGACAAUUUAAAGAGAAAUCAGAGAAGAAGUUGAAACACUUUGUGUUGUGGAUGAGGACCCUAAUUCUGGUUACUCCUUUGCCUUCUUGGCCCAAACCACCUCCUCCUUUUUUAUUAUGUGUGCUGGAUUUGUUACUGACUUGUCUACUUUACAUACAAAUCAAGCCCUAUUUUAUAUGAUCCUAUGAUAUAUUUAUCAUUUUCAUUUCCUCAGCACCCUCCUUAGUCAUGCAUAUUCACUAUUGACUAAAUCUAAAAUAUGGUAUUGUUUUUACUGACUCAGUGAAGGAAAUUGCUGUGCUAUAACCAGUGACUAUUGUAUUUUCAUGCUGUAGUCACUAGAUGGUGCCGUCUUUCCAACAGUUUACACCAUGUACAGUAUGUGCUUGACCCAACAUACAUCUUAUUAUUAUUAUUAUUAUUAUAUUUUUUCUUGUUCAUUGAAUGAUGAAGAGUCAUAUGAUAAAAUCUGCACAUCCCAAUGAAGCCAUCAAAUGGUGAAUACAUGGGCUUUAACAGAGUGUGUCGUGGUCUUACAGAGGGCAGGCCACCUUAAAUCCUGCAGCAUCCACGUGAAUGCAUUCACGUAAUAAGCCCCACAUGUCCUGGUUUGAUAUAUUUAUGAGUCAUAAAGGGGCAUUUUAAUGUAAAGAAUGAUUUUUGUAUUGUAUUUUUUAUCAGUCUAACAAAAGUAAGUGCAAGUGUGAAAUUGGCACUCAUUUAUGGCUUUAAUGUGUGACAGUAGGGACAGUACUAAUGGGCAUGCAUGUUGCUUCACAUAGCAUUGUCCGCAUCGGAACCAUUUAUGACAUAUUAAGCUUAAUGAGAUUAUUUUGCUGUAUUUCCUUUAUUUUUGCACAUUAUCAUGUUAGAAAUGAAGAAUGGCAUUGUGUAGCCACAUGUAUCAGGUGAUUGAAUGUAGGAGUGUGUAUUUGUAUAAGAAUGUGUCUGAGAGUCAAGUUAAUAAAAUGUUUUUUGA